CAUCUUUUCCUUCAAGAAAUUAGAUCCAACAGACCGUACUCUUUCCUUAGCCCCCCACAUUCAAAAUGGCUGCAGUAGACACUCUUGCCAGCUUUCACUCUUGUGCUCAACUCGGAGCCACCCUACCAUCGGUAGAUAACCCAAGUGGUGAGGAUCGUCUUGCGCUUGACAACAGAAGUUUGUGGCCUAAUGGCACCGAGCUCAUUGUCAACAUGUGGGGCCAAAGCGACUUCGUUCGCAGCAAGGUCAUUCAAUACGCAAACGAGUGGUCACUCUACGCCAACCUGACCUUCAAAUUCAUGGACCGAGACGCUCCCGGAGACUCUGAUAUCCGCAUUUCGUUCACCUCCGGCGCUGGUUCCUGGUCCUACAUCGGCACGGGUGCGAAGACAAUCUCACAGAGCGAACCGACCAUGAACUUUGGCUGGUUCAACGACGAGACCUCAGAUGAGGAGUUCAGCCGAACCGUGAUCCACGAAUUCGGCCACGCUAUUGGAUGUAUCCACGAGCAGGCAUCACCAGUGGUCGAUAUCCCAUGGAACAAGCCCGCGGUCUACGAGUACUACCUGCGAACCAAUGGCUGGGACCAGGCCAAGGUUGAUGGCAAUGUCUUCGCGAAGGCCGCUCAGGCGAAUACUCUGAACUCGAACUGGGAUAAGACUUCCAUUAUGCAAUACCCAUACCCACCUGAGCUUACACUUGACGGCUCUUCCGCAGGGUGGAACCGCGUUCUGUCGAACCUCGACAAGACAUUCGUGAUGCGUUGUUACCCCAAGGAAGGCAUCGUGCGCAACACGCAAGAUGGCGUCUACCUUGUGAAUCGCGUGCGAGGAAACCAGCGCGCUAGCGGACUCGCGUACUAUGCGAACUUCGGAAAUAACGAUGGACAUGAGCCGGAUGAUUACGUGGAAGUGUCAAAUGACGACUAUACGUGGUGGGAGAAUGGCGGGGAAGCGACGUUCGGAAGCGGUGCGCACGUCCGCGCUAUCGUGAAAUGGAACCUGGCCGAGGACGCCGGGAGAUCGCCGCUGUACCAGCGCGUCGGGUUCGCGGAGAAGAGUGGAGAGAGGUGGAAUGUGUAUAGAGAUGAUGGUAGAGUUCUGUACGAGCGUGAUGGGUGGCGGGUUCAGGCUAUGUUCUGGGCUUUCUAGAUUUUAGGUCCUAGGGAGGUGGUAGAGAGUGAGGUUGUAGAUGAUCUAGCAUGGACAGCGGGGUCUUGAGAAUGAGAGGGUAGAAAAUGGUGCUAUAUUGCAUUUGGUGUGGUUUCUUGGUUGCUGCUGCUCUUACGAAAUCCAAUGCCCGGUGGUUCAAUCGAAUCCCAGUGUUGAAUCUCAGGACAGACAUCUUGCGACGCUGCUUCCCUUGCGAAUAAAUA